GUGCGCCAGCCCCGCUUUGCGCGCUCCCCUCCUUGACCAGCUCAGUCACCGCGCGGGGCGCCGCCCGUGAGGGAGCUCUCACGGCUUGUCACAACGAAUAAAACUCCCGGAGAGCGGCGCCCUUAGCCACAGCUGGGUAGGCAGCCCCGGCCAGGAGCGGCGGCCCGUGUCCUACCGCGCGGAGCGAGCGGCGGAGGCAUCGCCGGCCUGGAUUCGCAGGCGGGACAUGAGCCUGGUCUGGCCUGCGCGGGCCGCGCCUUGAGCCCGUUCUCCUGCUGUUACCUCAAGGCACGGGGGUGGCCACAGCAACACGUAUUUUCCAAGUCUAUCAUUAUUUAUUCGCGGCGGCGGGACCGAACACCUUACUUUAUUUUUAAUAUUCUCAGCAAGCAUCUGCCCAGCGUUUGUCCGGUGAAACAACUCGCUAGAAGAACCUGUACUGCCAUCAUAAUAUAGAAGAAUUCCAUACAGGAAAGAGAGACAGCAGCGAAUGAAGACUAUAAAAGAAAAGACGAAAGAAUGUCAAAGAUUGAGAAAAUCUGCCAGGACUAGCAGUGUAAUCCAGAGGAAGCUGUCUUCAGGGCCUGUUUGCCGGCUAUGCCUCCAAGAACCAGGGGAUCCUGAAAAAUUAGGAGAAUUUCUUCAGAAAGACAAUCUUAGUGUGCAUUAUUUCUGUCUUAUCCUAUCUAGCAAACUACCUCAGAGGGGCCAAUCCAACAGAGGUUUCCAUGGAUUCCUGCCUGAAGACAUCAAAAAGGAGGCAGCCCGAGCUUCUAGAAAGAUCUGCUUUGUGUGCAAGAAAAAGGGAGCUGCUAUCAAGUGCCAAAAAGAUCGGUGCACUAGAAAUUUCCAUCUGCCUUGUGGCCAAGAAAGGGGUUGCCUUUCGCAAUUUUUUGGAGAGUACAAAUCAUUUUGUGAAAAACAUCGCCCAACCCAGGACAUCCAAUGGGGGAAAGUGGAAGAGGAAAGCUGCAUCUUGUGUUGUGAAGACUUAUCCCAAUCAAGUAUUGAGAAUAUACAGAGCCCCUGUUGUAGUCAAGCUAUCUACCACCGCAAGUGCAUUCAGAAAUACGCCCACACAUCAGCAAAACAUUUCUUCAAAUGUCCCCAGUGUAACAAUCGAGAAGAAUUUCCGCAAGAAAUGCUAAGAAUGGGAAUUCAUAUUCCAGACAGAGAUGCUGCCUGGGAACUCGAGCCAGGGGCUUUCUCAGAGUUGUACCAGCGCUAUCAGCAUUGUGAUGCCCCCACCUGUUUGUAUCAACAAGGCAGAGACAGCUUUGAGGAUGAAGGGAGGUGGCGCCUCAUUCUGUGUGCUACAUGUGGAUCACAGGGAACCCAUAGGGACUGCUCCUUUCUUCGAUCCAACACCAAGAAAUGGGAGUGUGAAGAAUGUUCAUUCUCUGCUUCACCCACAGACUACGUAUCUGAAAAUUCAAGUGACAUCCCCUCCUGCAGCAGCACCUUACACCCCCAGGAGCAUUUCUGCAGAGACACCAGCCUGGAAGAGAAUCCAGACCCUUCUUGGACCAAUUGGCCAGGAACUUCCUUAUUAGAAAAUCCAGAGUCCUCUGGUAGCAGAAGUGGCCAUUCCUGAUAGUCCAAGUGUGUCAGAACCACUAAGAGCUGCAAAAAAUCCAAGUAACAGCUUCUGAGUAGUUUCUGCCAAGCAUACACUGGGUGUGAGGCAGCACUGCUCCAUCAGGUUUAAGGGAAGGAGCACUUUGGUCCAGUGAGACAAGGAAAAGGGGCUAGCACUGAGAUUAUGAGCCAAGAAGAAGAAGUCCCAGGGGCUCAUGACGAGAGAGCAGAGUCCAGAUGCCAACAGCUGAGCAUGUCUGUGGCUAUGAGAAUGCCUGUGCUCUUUCUCCCUAAUUCAUUCUUCUCUUCUUCCACCCAGAUUUUUCCACCUUCAUCUGGUUCUCACAUGCCUCUCCUACUCCACUCAUGUUUACUAUUAUGCAAAUAAAGGUUUUUCUCUCCACUGA